UGGCAGAAGAUCUCGUCAGGAAUUUGCUAAUUAUGUAAUAAACCAAAGCUCUACAUGUCAACCAAAUGUUACUUACUAUGAGAUAUUAGACCAACAAGCCUCGUCAAAGUCAAUUAGUGGAUCGGGUCGAGUGAAUGAUCCAAUUCGAGGACAAGGAUUAGACUUCUUAGACAUUUAUACUGUCAGCCAAACUGCUCCACAGGCUGUUGUUCUCUUGUCUUCAAUGCUACAUGCAAAUCGAUUCAUCCAAAGUUUCUUUCGUUUACCUGUUUCAGCUAGACAUUCCUUCUCUUUUCUGUUGGGAGAGUUUUGGGGCAUGGUAGAUGACCCUGAUGAGUUGUUUCAAAUGAUACUUGAUGUCAAACAAGAAGUAGAGAAAGUUGUUUCAAUCCGUUCUCAGAUUGAAGGAAUAGACGCCUUCCAGAAUCACAUGGCAUCGCUGAGAUGGAAUUCGAAAAGUCUACAAAAGAACGCUUUUCUACGAGAUUACUGGGAGAAUAAAUUCAACUGCAGCAUAAGUGAGAAAACCUGCAACAGCGAAGACUUCCUUGAACCAAUCACUCGUCCAAUAGUUCGACACGUCGUCGCUCCUCUUGUCAUUGAUUCCAUCUACACGAUCACUGCAUAUCUUGACAACUUCACAAAAGCAAAUACGGGACAGUCAGUGUAUUACAACAAUCAGAAAAGUAUCCAAGAAGGUAGCAACCACCCUGUUACUAAAAUCACGUCAUGGACAGGCAAUAUCAUUAGCCUCAUUCAUCCAUCUGCUCCACCAAUGGGAUGGCUCCAACCAAGUCGCUGGGUCUACGAAUUCUUGCUGCUGAAUACAACAGGCAACCAAACAGAACAAAAUCAAUACGUGCUACUGGGCAAAUGGGAAAUCAACAAUGGAAACCGAACUCUUGAAUUUGAUGACACAACUCACAGUUGGAAUUCUGAGACAUCAGUAACAUGUCUGAUCCCAAACACUGUCGAUCCAACAGAAAUGCCAUCUUUCACUUUAUCUCAAGAAAUUGAUCUAGAAGUAAGUUCGAUACAACCAAAUCAAGCACAACCACCAACGACCACCAACUCAUCCCUGAAGUGUUCUCACACAAAAGUGAUUGGACUCGUUGCUGUCCCUAUAGGCAUUGCCGUAUUCCAUGUUCUAUUUGGUAUCUUCUUCGUUGUACGGAAAGGAUGGCCAACUGUGAGACAUUCUGCUCUCUCACUAGGGGGUGUAUUACUCAUCAUCGAUUCCAUUGUAGUCAUUCUCAUUGCAAUACUGAUCGUAUCCAAUGCCCUGCCAUCACUAGAGUGCGACAAUUUGAUACUAGACUUUCUCAUCAACACAUUUGGUUGCGUGUGUUAUGCAGCAUUGCUUGUCAAGCUGCUCUCUCAAAGUGGAAGCACUUUGAACCAAUUUACAGCCAGAUUGAGUGUCUAUGUUCUCAUCGUUUCUAUCCAAAUGACUUUGUCUGGUCUCGCAUUCUUUAAUUUUAACAUCAAGGAUACUCUGUAUCAAACAAAUGCAGAUCAUUGCUUAGAAGCAAGACAACAUAUCAUGGUCGUCGUUGCCUAUUGGUAUAACGUAGCCAUCAAUGUCUUUAGUGUUGUCACUCUGUUGAUUGCAUACUGUGGACAACAUCAACUGAUGUUCAACUCAAAGCCUCAAGUCGUCGUGGCAGUAGCAACAACAUGCUUCAUAUUCCAAGCAGUCGCUGUGUCAAUCCUAUUGUGGACAUCAAACUGUCUUGUGCAUUCCGCAUUUCUCGUUGUCACAGCUGUUUAUCCUGCUAUCGUCACUCUGGCAAUUUCGGUAACAACAACCAUGUCCAGUGUUUUGAAAAAAAGAUAUCUUGAUGAAAAUGGAAUUCCAACCUCCAUUUCAGUUCGUCGUGACCUUCCACGUAUCCAGUCACAUCAUUACAUCAGUAAUCUGAUGCAGAAUUCUGCUUUUCUGUCUCUGCAAAUCUUCUUAGAAGAUGACGUCAUCAAAGAGAUGCACGACGUGGUCAUAGAUCCAAACCGCCUGGAUGUGGGAAAAGAGAUUGGAAAAGGAAAUUUUGGAGAGGUGCUGCAGGGCAAACUCGAUGGGACAGUGCCAGUUGCAAUCAAGUCAAUACAAAGUCGACUGAGUCAAUCGGAGGUCAAUAGUUUUAUCAAAGAAGGACUCCAGAUGAAAAAUCUCAAUCAUCCCAAUGUCAUGGAGUUAAUCGGCAUAUGCUGGUCUGAUGAUCCCACCAAUGAGAGGCAUGUCUCGCCAUACAUUGUACUGCCGUUCAUGGACCUUGGAGACCUAAAAACCUUCUUAAGAAAAAGAAGACCAAAUCGACGUACUGAAGUACCUGACAACCCUUCAAAGGAGCCUAUUGAUCUGGUGCAGUUAGUCAAAUUUGGACAUCAGAUAGCAAGAGGGAUGGAGUAUAUAUCUGCAAAGGGGAUAAUACAUCGAGAUCUCGCAGCCAGAAAUUGCAUGAUCAACUGGAAUCAAGAGAUCAAAGUAGCUGACUUCGGCUUGGCUCGAACCACGGUAGAAGGCAAGGAGUACUACCGAAUGGGACAAGGAGGUGAACUCCCGAUACGUUGGAUGGCUCUGGAAAGUCUUGUUUACAUGACGUUUGAUGUGAAAACGGAUGUGUGGUCGUAUGGAGUGACACUAUGGGAGGUGAUGACACUAGCUCAAGUGCCUUAUCCUGGAAGACAAAAUCAAGAUGUGAUUGCAUUGCUGAGAAGUGGGCAACGAUUGGAGAGGCCAGAGAACUGUCCAGAGGAGAUCUACGAAAUAAUGUCCCAAUGCUGGGACGUCUAUCCAGAGUCUCGUCCCUCCUUCACAUCCAUCGUCGAACUUCUAGAAGAAUUCCUCUCAGAAGCUAUGAACUACUUCGAUCCAACAACACCCAAACUAGUAGAGCCUCCAACAGACUUACCAACGCCCCAACAGUCCGAAGAAAUGGAAGAGGAGAAACAGAGCAAAGAGCCCGACAAUGCCUGCGCAUGCGCUUGUGAUGUGGCGGCAGAUUCGAAAGACGCCAUGGCAACGGUAAUUGCCAAUGAAUCGUUGACGGACGAGUUGCGGCCCAAAACAGACGUGGAGUGCAAAUUGGAGACUACAGAAACGCUAAAUGAGGCAGUUGACGAACGUGCAGAAGAAACAACAGCUACUUCGAAUUCAGACUGACUUGCAAAUUAGCAUUAUCCGGGAUAUUAUCCGGGAUAACAGCAUGCUUAAUGUCAGGAAAUUGGAACUUUAAUUAAUUAAAUUAAUACUUAAUUGGAUUUAGUUUGCAACUUCGCAUGUGCUGCCUACACAUAAUGACAGUUGUCACUGUAUCUAACAGAAACAAUCAAUUUUGCACAACUAGUGACAUCUGCGCAUGCCCAAUAGUAAACAAUUGUGUCGAUUUCACAAUUAUUCGGAUGACUGACGGAC